AUGACCGAGCAGGAGAUUGUUGAUUUCAUUGGAAAUGAAAUUGGUGAUACGGAGUUCAUCACGGAUAUGACAUACGAUGAUUAUGACCCCGUUCUUGAAGUCACCGAUAAUGAUGGGAAUGUCUUUGAGAUUUCCGUUAAGAAAAUCAACGAUUCAAACUUCCUUGGUGGAUUGGAGUAUUCUUCCCAUACUGUCUACAUUGAAGACUACAAGUUUGAUGGUAAUAACAAGAGGAAGAAGAUUCAUCGUGAGAAUAUGCCGAAUGUCAUUUCCAAACUCAAGAACGCUGGCUACUUCUGCCAUUAUGAAUACAACCGAAUCAACGGAAACUGCUAUGGUUUCACUGUGACGAAGAUUCCAACCAAGUAUGAUAUCUAA